UUGAGAAUUAUACUGGGAGCAAUGAAAUCUUCGCCUACAAAUGCUCUACAAGUAGAAGCUGGUGACCCUCCCCUAUCCAUCCGUAGAACGUACCUUUCAGACAGAUUUUUCUCGAAAAUUGUGCAAUACAAUAAACAUCCUCUCCUAUCAAAACUAAAAUCUCUCUCAUGCAUAAUACCAAAAAAUCAAUACUGGAAUAAUAAGGAUCUCCCCCAUCUCAUCAAAAGUUUUAAAAAAUUUAAAGUUUUAAACUAUAAAGUUCACCAAGCAAACAUAAAUCCUCUUUUUUCGACUCCUUUUGAAGCACUCCUUUUUAAACCGAAUAUUUUGAAGAGUUUUGGUAUUUUGAAAGACUCACCUGGGGCAAAUGCCCUCUUUAAUGAUAAAAUCAAUAGUGAUUGGAAUGACUGGCUACACUUGUAUACAGACGCUUCAAAGGCUGAAGAUGGGCGGAUCGGUGCCGCUGUCUGGAUGCCUAAAUAUUCGACCCUUUUAAGCUUUAAAUGCCCUCCCGUCUGCACGGUGUUUACAGGCGAAGCUAUUGCGCUAUUAGAGGCCGUCAAAUUUAUUCGGGUUCAUAAGUUUAACAAAUCUAUAAUUUUUUCAGAUUCUUUGAGCUGCCUUUAUGCCAUUGACUCAAACCUAUUUAUCUCCAGUUCUAUACAUCCGCUAAUUUUCCAAAUUAAAGAAAUGCUGUACGAAUGCUAUAUUAAUAACACUGAGGUAGUUAUUGCCUGGAUUCCAAGUCAUACGGGCAUCAGAGGGAACGAAGUGGUUGACUCAUUUGCUAAGGAUGCUGCAACAUCGGGAAGCUCUGAUCAUUUUCAGUUUUAUGCACUAGAUCUCAAGUGCGCGGCUAAGCCUGAUCUGAAUAAAUCCUGGCAAAAGAACUGGGAUCGUUCUAGACAACUAAAAGGAAAUAGUGAUACCUUUGGACGUACUUUUAUGGACAUUCUCUAUGGACAAAUGUGGUUCCUGUACUUGACAUUGGCAGUAAUGGUCGUCUCUACUCUAUGA